AUGCCUUCUCCAAAGCAGCUCACUCAUACACCCAUCGCCGAUGGCCUCCUUUUCGGGGAAUCGCCGCGCUACAGAAACGGCUUGAUUUACAUCAGCGACAUGACCGGCCAGGCGAUAUACACCAUCGACCCAUCGUCCGGAGCGAAGACACAGCUGUGCGUGGCCGAGAAUCAGCCGAACGGGAUGUGUUUCGCGCCCGACGGCUCGCUGAUCUGGUCCUCUAUGUUCGAUGCCAAACUGUACCGCCACGACUCGACCGGCACCAACACAAUAUACGCAGACUUAUCCAACAUCAUGACUGGAUACUGCGGGGACAUGGCCAUCGACGCCAGCGGCCGUGUGUACCUAGACGACACCGGUGCAAAGGUCCUUCACGGCGAGCAGCCGCGACCAGGCCGUCUGCUGGUCAUUAAUACGGAUGGCUCUGCUGCUGUGGCCGAUGAGGAUAUCAUCUUCCCCAAUGCGCUGUUUAUCAGCAAUGACGGAAGGUCGAUAUACUGUGCCGAGACCUUCGGAUAUGGACUGUUGAAGUGGGAUCUUGGAUCAGAUGGCACGUUGUCGAAUCGCCAGAAAGUAUGGUCGCCCGCAGCCAUCUCGCCUACGGGGGAGACUGGGAACACCCCGGAUGGGAUAUUCGGAAUAGACGGUGGAUGUAUGGACGGGGAAGGGGGGAUGUGGCUCAGUAUGCUGGGUCUGGAGAAAUUUGUCCGCCUUGACCAGGAAGGGAAUAUCACCCAUGAGAUCAGGACGAAGGGCCACGCCACCGCUUGCACUCUGGGAGGUGAUGAUGGUAAAACGCUGUUUUUGGUUAGCAAUUGGUUUUCGGAGGACCAGGAUGGUCUUUUCGCGGCGAUGAAGGGGAAGCGGACAAAGUGUACUAUUAGCUACGCCAGGGUGGAUGUUGGCAAAGGAACUGCACGGCCAUAG